CAUGCAUUUUGUGUUGCCGUGUAUCAGUCGCAGUUGUGGCAGUCGUAGACAAAAAACAAACGAGUAAACGUCAAAAGCCGAAGCCGGUAAAACUGAUUAGUGAUUCAAAGAAAAUAGAAAAAUUGUGAUUGCAGUAUGUCUUUAUUACCGUUUUUGCUCGACGAUUCUUUGGUGCGUCCCUCCAGAAUCAUGGAUCAGCACUUCGGACUUGUUCUGGAUCCAGAAGAUCUUUUGCAACCCAUGACGGUUCCUAGGAUGCUUCUUCGUUGCCCUGCAGGAUAUAUCAGGAACUGGAAGUCUACAGCUUCCAGUGAUGAUUCCGGAUCCACCGUGAAUUAUGGUAGCGACAAGUUUCUGGCCAAUUUGGAUGUUCAGCAAUUCAAGCCUGAAGAAAUAUCUGUAAAAGUAACAGGAGAAAAUACUAUAACAAUUGAGGGGAAGCAUGAAGAAAAGGAGGAUGAGCACGGGCAUAUAUAUAGACACUUUGUCAGGAGGUAUGUUCUCCCUAAGACCUACGAUAUCAACAAGGUUGAAUCAAAGUUGUCUUCUGAUGGAGUACUGUCAAUAUGUGCUCCGAAAGUAGAUGGAGAGCAGAUUGAACAUAAAAAUAUUCCUGUUACUCAAACGGGGGAACCAGCUAAAACCGUGGAUAGAAAAUGUGAUGGUGACAAACAAAAUGCUAAGUAGGAAAAAGUUGAUCUUUUAGCAACUUUCCAUUUUCGAAGACUGCAUUAAUUUUUUUAAUUUUUUUUUUGUAUGUCCAAUAAGGAAAUACAUUUUCUUCAAUAUGUG